UGUGGAUUGUGGUGGCGGUCACCAUGCAGCAGCCGUACAUUGGCGCUAUUUUUGCAAGAUUUGCAGUUUUGGGUAUGUAUAAAUGGUCUACGAGGAUUCUAGAGCGCAGUCGAGAGUUCAAUACGGUUCGAGUACGUCGCAAACAGCCUCCAGAUACGAUGAACAUUCACGGUGCGAACUACUACGUUCCAAUUCAGGACGAAACGUGUGAGAAACAGCACAAUGAUUUUGAUAAACCCCGCUACACGCCACGUAUUUUGGGAAGGAGAUUUGCCUUGACAUCAACAGCGUAUAAAUUUUUGGAUGUGGGAAUCAACGCGGGACCUAUGUCCUCUGUGGAUAUACUUAUUGGCGAUAACCGAGGCAAUCGGAUAAAUCUGCCUCAUGCAACGUGGAUGACGUUUAUUGAAAGACGUGCAGAUAUUCAGCGACUCAUGCAGUCACCAGCACCAUCAUCGCUAGCGUUUCGAGAUCUGGAACUCGUUAAAUUACGUGACGAUGAUAUUAUAAAAUUGACAUCGUGCGCCACCAGCUUGUACAUGAAACCGUCAACAGUACUUUUCUUGUUCGAACUAGAACAUUGCGUCAGACACGAAUAUUUCAGACUGUAUCAUAUUACACAUGAAGUAAAUAUGAAAUUUAAUCAAUUUGUAACCAUUUUACAGCGAAAAUGUAUCAUCGACAAAUGUAAAGCGGCAGAUUUGCCGUCUUGCGUGAAAUUUAUGAUGAAAAUUCUCAAAUAG